GUGGUACCAACAGUUUGUUGUAGAGAGAGAAAAUGUUGCCGCCGGAGCUGGAAUUGGCCAACAAAACGUUUCCUCUCAUAUCGGAAUGCGAUUUAUCCUCCGUCAGCCACCGCUCAGUUGCUGCCGACCUCGACGGAACUCUGCUCAAAGCCAGCUUAUCUUUUCCAUAUUACAUACUUGUUGCAAUCGAAGCAGGCAGCCUCCUCCGCGGCCUUAUUCUGCUACUAUGUGUUCCGAUCAUUGCUGUAGUCUACGUAUUCAUCUCCGAAGAUUUUGCUGGCAGGAUGUUGAUAUUCGUCUCAUUCUCCGGGGUCAAGGUCAGCGACAUCGAGGUUGUCGCACGCGGCGUUCUACCGCCGUUCUACGCGGCGGAUGUGAGGAGCGACAGCUUCCAAGUGUUUGAUAGUUGUCAGAGGAAGGUGAUUGUGACGGCAAACCCGGUUGUGAUGGUGGAUACGUUCGUGAAGGACUUUUUGGGAGGGGAGAAAGUGCUUGGAACGGAGAUCGAAGUGAAUCCGAGGACGAACAGAGCUACCGGAUUUGUAAAAGAGCCUGGUGUUUUGGUCGGAAAAUGGAAGAAGUUUGCGAUUUUGAAGGAGUUUGGUGAGGAUUUGCCUGAUAUUGGAAUCGGUGAUCGGAAAUCUGAUCACGAUUUCAUGUCCAUUUGCAAGGUGGGAUACAUGGUGCCAAAAGACCAUUCUGCAAGCAUGGUAUCACCGGACAGUCUAAAAACCCAACCGGUCUUCCACAAGGUGCAACAAGCGAGCGUUAUGAUCACCUACAUUCGGUUGCCAUUCAGAUUCAUUCUAUCGUUUGCCCGUGUUUACUGCAAUCUCUCACUACUCAAGGGAAUCAUCCGAUGUACAUAUCGUCGGAGGUCGUCAUGGUGGUAGUAGAAGGAAGAAAAGGUUUAAAGAAAAUGUAUCAAUUGCAUGUCUCAUUCAUUCGCGUAGAGAUACAAAAAGCCCAUUUUGUCAAGACUACUUAUUAAUACAGUUUAGAAAAUGCAUCUCAUA